AUGGCGCCCAAGAAGAAGGGAAACAAGCGCCAGGAGGAGGACUGGGAGGCCGAGCUCGGCGAGACUGCCUCCAACGUUGAGGCUCCCGCGGAGGGCCAGGACCAGGACGGCGGCGAGAAUGACGCUGAAGAAGAGUCCGGUGGCGGUGGCCUGAUGGCUGCCCUCCGUAAGAACAAGGCCCGCAAGGCCAAGAAGGGCAAGCCCGUCAACGACUUCGUUGAGGGCGAGGAUGCCGGCGCCGAUCUAGCCAGCAAGCAGCCAGAGGAGGGUACUGUAGACGAGGAUGAUGUCUUCGCUGGCAAAGCCCAGAAACCCGUCAAGGAUGUGCCUCCUCCCGCGGCGGCUGAUGAUGGCGAGUUCCGCGUGAAGUCGAAGAAGGAGAAGGAGAAGGAAAAGAAGGAGCGUGAGAAGCAGCGUAAGAAGGAGCAGGCUGCUCAAAAGAAGAAGACCACUCCUGCUGAGGCUGCGCCUUCCAAGCCUGCCGCCGAAAUCAAGAAGGAUGAACCAGAACCCGUUUCGGCUGCCGCAGAGCCUGCUGGUAAGGCCAAGAAGCUCCCUGCUCGUCUCGCAGCUCUUCAGAAGCAACAGGAGCUGCUUCGCCUACAGCGUGAGGAGGAAGAGCGUCUUGCAGCUGAAGAACAGGCUGCACUGGAAGAGCAAGCACGUCUGGAAGCCGAGGAGGAAGCGAAGCGCGAGGAGGCCCGUCAGCGAAAGAAGGAGAGGGAGCGUGAGAAGAAGGAACAGCUUCGCAAGGAGGGCAAACUGUUAACCAAGGCUCAAAGGGAGGCUCAACUAAAGAACGAGAUGCGUAUGAAGCAGAUGUUGGCCGCUGGUGGCAAGGUUGCUGGUCUGGAGCCCGGCGCCGAGAAGAAGCGUCCUGUCUACGAGAAUCGCAAGAAGAAGGGUGUCAAGAAGCCAGAGGAGGAUCUUGAGGCUGCUGCCGAGCGGGCUCGUGCUCUGCGUGAAGCUGAAGAUGAGCGCCGGAAGAAGGAGGCCGAGGAAAAGGCCAAGGCUGAGGCUGCGGCUAAGGUCGAGUCUGCUCCGGCAGAGGAUGUAGAUGCCGUUGAUGACUGGGAGCAAGCCGCCGAGGCUGACGACGACGUCAAGGACAGCUGGGAUGCUUCUACCGACGACGAGAAGUCUGCUACCAAUGGCGCCGCAGAGGCCAAGGACGAAGAAGGGGAUGAGGACGACUCUGAAGAAGACUCUUCUUCUGAGGAGGACUCUGAGGACGAGGAGCAGUCCGCCAACAAGAAGGCCAUCGCUCUGCGCAAGGCUGAGGCCGCGGAGAGGAGAAAGAAACAGCACGAGGAGGCCAUGGCUGCUCGUUCCAAGGACAACCUCCGCUCGCCCAUUUGCUGUAUUCUUGGUCACGUCGAUACCGGAAAGACCAAGCUUCUGGACAAGAUUCGUCAGACCAAUGUGCAAGAAGGCGAAGCUGGUGGUAUCACCCAGCAGAUUGGUGCUACAUACUUCCCUGUCGACGCCCUGCAGCAGAAGACUGCUGUCGUGAACAAGGACGGCAAGUUCGAAUUCAAGGUCCCAGGUCUGUUGGUCAUCGAUACCCCUGGUCACGAGUCCUUCUCCAACCUUCGUUCAAGAGGUUCCUCGCUUUGUAACAUCGCCAUUCUGGUCGUCGAUAUCAUGCACGGUCUCGAGCCCCAGACCUUGGAGUCUAUGCGCUUGCUGCGUGACCGACGCACUCCCUUCAUUGUGGCCCUGAACAAGAUCGAUCGUCUGUACGGCUGGAAGAAAAUCGACAACAACGGCUUCGAGGAUAGUCUGAACAUGCAGAACAAGGGUGUCCAGAACGAGUUCCGCUCUCGUCUGGAGGCCACCAAGCUUGCUUUCGCCGAACAGGGUUUCAAUUCCGAGCUCUUCUACGAAAACAAGUCCAUGGCUCGCAAUGUCUCCCUGGUGCCAACCUCCGCCCACACUGGCGAGGGUAUUCCCGACAUGCUGAAGCUUCUGACCACCCUGAGUCAGGAGCGUAUGACCAACUCGCUCAUGUAUCUGUCUGAGGUUGAAUGUACUGUUCUGGAGGUGAAGGUUAUCGAAGGUCUUGGUACCACUAUUGACGUCAUCUUGUCCAACGGUAUCCUUCGCGAAGGUGAUCGCAUUGUCCUGUGCGGCCUCAAUGGACCUAUAACAACGAAUAUUCGUGCACUAUUGACGCCCGCCCCACUUAAGGAAUUGCGUCUGAAGUCGCAGUACGUUCACAACAAGGAGGUCAAGGCCGCCCUUGGUGUCAAGAUCGCCGCCAACGACCUGGAGCACGCUAUCGCUGGUUCCCGUCUGCUUGUUGUCGGCCCAGAUGACGACGAGGAGGACGUGGAGGACGAGGUUAUGUCCGAUCUGGAGAACCUGCUCAGCCGUGUCGCCACCGACAACCGCGGUGUCACCGUCCAGGCUUCCACCUUGGGUUCCUUGGAAGCCCUCCUGGAGUUCUUGAAGGCCUCUAAGAUUCCUGUGGCAAACAUCUCUAUUGGUCCUGUCUACAAGCGUGAUGUCAUGAUGGCCGGAACGAUGCUUGAGAAGGCUAAGGAGUAUGCUGUUAUGCUUUGCUUCGACGUCAAGGUCGACAAGGAAGCCGCUGCCUACGCUGCCGAAGUUGGCGUUAAGAUCUUCACUGCAGACAUUAUCUACCACCUGUUCGAUGAUUUCACCAAGCACAUGGCUGAACUGACCGAGCAGCGUAAGGAGGAGAGCAAAUUGCUCGCUAUCUUCCCUUGCGUUAUCAGCCCUGUUGCUGUGUUCAACAAGAAGGACCCCAUCGUCAUUGGUAUCGAUGUCAUUGAGGGAAGCCUGCGGAUGCACACUCCGCUCGCGGCCGUCCGUACCAACGCCGCCGGAGUCAAGGAGAUUGUUGACAUUGGCAGAGUGACAUCCAUCGAACGUGACCACAAGGCCAUCGCAGUCUGCAAGAAGGGCCAGCCCUCCGUCGCUAUCAAGGUCGAGGGACCCAACCAGCCCAUGUACGGCCGCCAGCUGGAAGAGAAGGACCAACUGUAUUCGCACAUCUCGCGUGCCAGUAUCGACACCCUGAAGGAGUUCUACCGGUCUGAAGUCACCAUGGAGGAGUGGGCUCUGGUCAAGAAGCUGAAGCCUGUCUUCGACAUUCCUUGA